AUGCUCGUUUGAAUAAAAACAAACACGUCGCGUCGCAAAAUCAGAAAUGGCUUGACGGCAUGAAAUUUUCCGAAUAAAUUCCGCAGUAUUUCCGUCACAAUAAUCCGAAAUUUUCAAUUGUAAGUAACCCGUGAACGAAACCCACAAUGGAAGAAAAACUAACUGCCAUCCCCAAUUCGAGGGGUCAAGACGAAGGGAGAUCAAGCGCAUUGUCGUCGCAAGGCACCAUCCCCAAGUGGCUAGAAGAUAUAACUAAUUCAAUUUCCAGAGAAUCAACAGGUUCAUUUGGAAAAGUAACACCCCACAUUUACUCUGGAAGCACAAUUCCCAGCCGAAUAGCCGAUGUGGAACGAGAAAAAUUAGGUAUUCGUCCAUCGCAUUCAGCCCAGUUCGGUCGUCGCGCGUCCAAAGAAUCGACACCCACAAAAAAACAAAAUGACGUGGAUAUGUCAGCCGAUUAUUUUUUGCCAAGUUUUGAGCUGUCCAUGGAUCUGUCGUCUGUGCCCGAUUACAACAACCAUCUGGAGAAGUCCUGGCGCGGGCUCUCCGAAUUUAAUCAACAUCACAAGGGUCGUCUGAGUAGCGCCAAUUACAAAGGGCACAUCGAUUUUGAUUACAAAUCUGGUGAUGGGGUUUUGGACGAUCGGUGGCAGAUUUACAAAUCUGGUAUUGCACACCCCAGAAGAAGAGAGAUGCAGGACCCAAGAAAAAUUGGCAAGUCUAAUUCAGCGGAGAUUUUUGGCACAAUUCCGACCGCUGCUACAGUUUUAUCCGAUAAGAAUGCGUAUUUUGAGCGCAGGAUGCACGAUUACAAUGAAAAGUUGGCACAGGAAAACUUAAUGCGUGAUAAAAUGAUAAAAGAUUUACUAAAAGCGGGCGAUAAGGAACCAGUGGAAGUGCGCAGGAACAGUUCGGAGGAUUUGCAGCAUUCCCGCACUCUGUACAACAACAAUUCUAAAUACAAACAGAGGCAACGUAGUAGAAGCAUCAUAGAGGUGGAAGAUUUUCCAAAAGAAGCUUCAGAAAUUGUUAUACCAGAGUUGCCGACUGGGAAAACUAUGAUUUUCGACAUUUUAUCAACUUGGGGUGAUAAAUAUUAUGUUGGGUUGAACGGCAUUGAGAUAUUUAACGUGCAGGGCAAAAUUGCGCAUGUAGCAAAGAUCUCCGCGGUUCCACCGGACGUUAACAUCUUGCCCGAAUGUAAAAAUGAUCCUAGGGUUGUGACGAAUCUUUUGGAUGGGGUGAAUAGAACGCAGGAUGACAUGCACAUUUGGUUAGCACCUUUUGAUCCUGGUUCCAGUCAUAUAAUUAUUGUGGAGUUCAAGGAAGAAACAACAAUAGCAUUGAUUAGAAUAUGGAACUACAAUAAAUCAAGAAUUCAUUCGUAUCGAGGGGUGAAGGACAUGACAAUAUUUUUAGACGGGGAAUUGAUAUUCAAGGGGGAAAUCGCCAAGGCUUGUGGGGGAAUAAUGGGCGGAGUCGACGCAUUUGGUGAUACUAUUUUGUUUACUGUGGACGAAGAGAUUUUGGAGAAGAUCUCUAAAAACGAUCCUGCUUAUCCAUAUCUGACCUCAAAACCUGCAACUCCUGUUAGAACAGAUGUUGACAGGCCACCAACUCGUGCCACUAUUCGUCCUAUAACUGGUCCGAAAUCCAGUUCCAGUUCAGAACCGUCCGACCAGAUUUUGUUGGGGGCCUCAUACGUCGAACUAGUCUUUUUGUCCAAUUGGGGCAACAGUGAUUUCAUAGGAAUUACGGGUUUAGAGAUUAUGGGAGCAGCCGAUGAACCAAUCGAAAUCGAAGAUAAAGCCCUGACUUGCAGCGUUUCCAAAUCCAGAAAAUUGAUGCGUAUAAAAAAUGGCAACAACGUGACCACGGAUAGACAAAACAUGUGGAUCGUGCCAUAUUUUAUGGAGGAGGAAGUUCUAUUAAAAGUCGAUUUUGAUAAAGUGCAGUACAUUUCAGGUUUGAGAAUUUGGAACUACAAUGAAAAUUUGGAGAUGUCGUAUGCCGGAGUGAAGUCGAUGAGAAUUUUACUAGAUGGUAGUGCUCUCCUCAAUCCCGUUACCAAAACUGAAGAAUUCCUGCUUAGAAGAGCGCCAGGAAACGAGCAAUAUGAUUACGGACAGGAAAUCAAGUUCUACGAAAACAAUUUUUCUUCAGAUAAUACAGUAUCAACGGAGUUGCAGCAGUGCAAUUUCGUAACAGGAUUUGUUAUACAAAUGGUGAUAUAUUCGACCUGGGAGGAUAGAUAUUACUGCGGACUGAAUGGUAUAGAAAUCUAUGAUCAUUUGAAGAAGAAAAUUGAACUAGAGGAGCAAAAUAUUUGUGCGUGUCCAGAAAGUAUAAAUAGUCUAUCUGAUGUUACCGAUGAUGUAAGGACUCCUGACAAAUUGAUAGACGGAAUUAAUAACGACUCGAGUGGUGCGCAUUCUUGGUUGGCUCCAAUAGUACCGAAAAUGUUAAACAGAAUAAAUAUUAUCAUGGAUGUGCCCAUAAAUGUUGCCUAUAUGAAAAUCUGGAAUUAUUCAAAAACACCUGGAAGGGGAGUAAAAGAUUUUGGCGUUUUGGUUGAUGACUUAUUGGUCUACAAUGGUACGUUAAAGAAAUAUGAUCCCAAUCAAGAAGUAAAUUAUCAGUUGAUUUAUGUGGCAGAUCGUGAUUCCACAGAUGAUGAUAUUAGCACAUCAUUGAGAGGAGACUCUCAAGAUGUUGUGUACAUGAACGACAGCAAACCAAGUAGUGAAAAUACUGCAAAUGUGCCACCGGACGAAACGUUACGUCCCUUUACUUGUAUUAGUCCAUUCAAUAGAACACUAUCUUCUCAAAGCCAAUGAUAUUUUUGGACGUGUUGUGUAAAUAUUGUAAAGCAUUUUGUAUGAGGCUGAAUAAAAAUGUGUUUUCUUAACAAAUACCAAA